AUGGCAGCCGGUGGCAAGAAGGCCAAAGUCAAGGACAAACUUGGCAGGGCCGGGUCGACCAAGCAGAAGAAUAAAAAGAGCAAGGCCCCGGAAGGAGCAGAAGACCAGACGAUAACUGAAUCUCCAACUCCUAGCAGCUCGGAACCUGUGGUACAGGACCAAGACCUCUGUCAGCCAUCGGAACCUACGCUUGAACCAAAGCCCGAAGCUACUGAAUUACACGAGGUGUUUACUGCAGCAGUCGGAAAUGAGGAAUGUGAGAACUCACAGUCUCCUGACCCCGCGACACAUCAACAACCUGCUGUGAAGGAAGACCAUCUCGAGAACGAAGUAUCCAUCUUGAAAGACAAGGACGCAUCUGAACUGUCUGUUGGGGCCAAAGUCAGCCAUCAACCUGAGAAACAUCACCAAGAAGAACAAAGAAGCAAAGCACUUGUCACUUCUCCUCCAUUUGCUCCAUAUUCGCCUGUUCCUGCUCUGGUGCCAUUGCCGUCGCCUUCCUUGACCGAGGCACGGUUGAUGUCAAGCGCUUCACCAGAGUCCAAUUACUAUCACCCUGCUCACGCAUAUAAUCCUUACGCUGCACCCAUUCCAUACACAUCGCCAUACGGAUCACCCUACGCCUCACCCUACGCUUCGCCUUACGCUUCGCCCAUCCCAAAAGUUAGCAGUCCUCUGGCUCGCUCUCAUUAUCCAUAUAUGCCACCAGCCAUGUCUUCUACUGCAAUCUCUACGCCGCCGCCGCCGACAGCACCAACAGCUCCACCUCUAAUGGCCCCACCGGCACCACGGCCACCAUCCACAGCUCAAAGUCACACCUCAGUGGUGCACUCACCUAUCAUGAGCUCCGCCGGAGUCGUUCCUCCGUAUGCUCCUUAUCCGCCCCAAGGACCGGACGGUCACUUCAUGCAUCGGAGCUAUAGCAUGUCCGAUCCUUCAUAUGCCGCAUCCUUCCAGGCCAUCCGAGAUCUACGCUUGGUCAAUGGCCAGCCUCAUGAGAAUGGUGUUAUGUCGCCCCCGGAAAAUGACAGCGAACAUAUGGAACUUCUCCAGAGAAUUCAAUCCGCGCUUCCCGACAUUGAUCGUCUCUUGCAUGGGUUCCGAAACACUCAUAGUCGGCUAUCGAGCCGCGAGGCUGAGAUGAAGCAGAUUGGAAACCAGCAUGAACAAGCUUUAAUGCACAAGGAGUUCUACAUUGAGGCCUUGCAAGCACAGAUGAAGAAAACGGCAAACGAGAGCGCCGAAGAAAGUGCUAAGCUCAAGAACACUAUCAAUGAACUCCGACUCGAGCUAGGAAACCUUCAAGAGAAGCAGAGGGACCUCGAAGACGGUUUGGCGACUCACCGAAAGUCUAACGAGGAGCUCUCACAGAGCAAAUCCGACCUUGAAGCGGAGAUUGCCAAAUUGAAUACCUGCAUCCAAGAGGCACGGGAUGCUCACGAGAAAGAGAAGGAGGCGCAGAAGGAGGAGCAUACUCAAGCACUUGAAACUCAGAAGCAGGAGCUGACCGAGCUAUUCGAGGAGAUCAAGAAUGAAGAUGAGAAAGCAGCAAACGAAAUCUUGGAGAACCGCGAAAAGAGCUUGUUGGAUCAACACGAGUCCCAAAAAAGAGACUGGGAGAAGGAAAAAGCCUUGAUGCAGGAUUCUCUAGAGACCCAACGCACAGAACUCGAGACCACUAAGACAGAGCUCACUACCAAGAUUGGUGCAUUGGAGUCCAAGCAGACCGAGCUCAAAUCGGCCCGCGAAGAAGUGGCAUCCAAGGUUGCUGAAUUAGAAGCGAAGGAGAAAGAGUUGGAAGAAACCCGCAACAAGAAUGCCCAGGAACUGGAGACACUCCAGCAGGCUCAUGCCAGUGAUUUGGACUCAUUGCGAAGCUCCCAUGCUGAAGAACUUGCAGCCGCUGCCAAGGAACUGGAUGACAAAAUCGCUGCUGUCGAAGCACAGAUCGACGAGAAGGAGCAACACUGGGCUGAGGAGCGGACUGCCUUGGAGAAGUUGCUUUCCGAGAAAGACUGCGAGCUUUCAAGUGUGGAGCGAGAGAAGGAGCAGCUCGAAGGAGACAACCACAUCAAGGAGCAGCAACUCCAGCGCGCAGUGGAUGAGAUGCGGUUCACCAUCGAUCAUCUUGACAAAGACUGCGAGCGCUUGAGGAAGACGCUGCACAGCCUCGGCGAGGCCACUGAUCUCAAGACCACCAAGGGCGAUCAAUUCUUUUUGGACUGUUUCACCCAGCUUUCAUCUUUGAUCCACGAUCUCUCCAAGGAGCACUUCGCCUAUCUCCCCAUCGACCCGCCAAAGGACAUCCUGUCCAAGAUUCCUUCAGAAAUCCCACCUUUCCUCGACAACACAGUCGCCUCCCGUGAUCUCCGCUGCGCCUACAUCGAGCAUGUCGUGUCCAAGACAAUCACCUACCGCGUGUUCCAGCCCUUCCUGUUCACUUUAGGUCGAAGAUACGAUAAAGCUGAUACCUUCUUCCAAAUGCUGUCUAUGGAUAUCCGCCGCAAGUCCGUCCGGCGCGAGGCAUUCUGGCGACAACAGACCCUCAAAGCCGCCUACACCACCUCAGACGCCAAGCAAUCCAUCAACGUUGCCGCCGCGGUGAUCGUGGAUGAUGUUAUCGACCAUAUCAAGCACUUCGCCGACCCCAAACACCUGGACUCCCUCCUGACCGGCGUCCGCAAGAUCGUGAAGCUAGCCGCCGAGACCUGGCGCCACGCCCGCGUCGAGCGCGAGCUCGUCCUAGCAUCCUUCCCGGCACCAGAUGCAGAGAGCAUCUCCAACGAGAGCUGGCAGGAGUACGGAAUUGCCAAAGAGGUCAGUCCCAACCAGAAGACCGACCCUACCCGCCACGUCGUUCUCCGCACCUUCCCACACGUCUGGCGCGAGGCUGCCCACGAAGACUUUGCCAGCGGCGAACGAGCCGGUUCAUGCAUUUACUCGCCGGGCGAGGUCUUGUACUCGGACUCUCCUGUUGUUAUUGCCCGUCUUCAAGAGCUGGCUAAGAAGUCGACUGAGUCCUUGGUUGCUCCGGAUCAGGCCCAGAUGUCCCCUCCUAAGACCCCUCCCAAGACUCCAGUGGGGUCUCACGAAAACUUGAAGCUCAAGGCUCGUGAGAGUCUACAGCUCAAGGGCAUUCAGCAACUUGCCGCUGCUGCUCAAAGCCCGCCUCCAGCGAGGGUGUCGGUGCCAUCGGCGCCCGCGAGCCCUCGGCCCAAAGAGCCGGGCAUGAAAGCAUAA